AUGCUGAAGGCGAGGCUCCGGCAGCCCUGCCUGCACACCCAGCCCAGCCAGGCUGCACAUAGCCCCUGUGUCUGUGGCACAGCCAAGGGGGACACCGAGGGGGACACCGGCUGCUGGCAGGAGAUGGGGAGCAGAGAGGAACAGAGGUGCCACCAGCUCCGGGAUGCUCCUGCCUCCGAGCCGGUUGAGCAGGAGGGAUGGAUGGGAUCACUGGGAGAGAAGCCCGAGGGGCUCAAUGGGGACAUGCUGGGUCCCACGUUGGAUGGCAGCAGCCUGGCCUUGGUGGCUGAACCUGCAGCACCCCCAAAAUGCCCCAACUCUGCCCCAGAGGUGCCCCCCCCAGCAACCAGCCCCACAACCAACCCCAGCCAGGAGUGGAAAGUGGUGAAGAUCCAACGGGUCCUCAUCCAGCCCGCCAGCGAGCCGAGGAAAGCGAGUCUGUCCCGCAGCGCCAGCCUCUCUGAGAAGGAGCUGAAGGAGGCGAAGGCGCGGAGCCGGCGGAUCGCGGCGCAGCUCACCACGGCGCCCGGCCCCAACUCCAAGGGCGUCCUGCUCUUCAACCGCCGCAAGCAGCGCGUCGACGGGCUCUCCGGGGCCGGGCAUGCGGCGGGGCAGCCGCUGAGCCCCGCGCCCCGGCCAGCAGCCAUGGAGGAGGGCGAGGGGCAGGGGGUGAAGCUGGAGCCGAGCACCCCAUCAGACGGGCUGCAGGCAAACGCGUCCCCAUGCCGGGAGCCGCCUGCUGAAGCCCAGCAGGUCCCGCUUAGCACCUACCUGAAGGAGAACAUGGCAUCGGCUGCCACCAACGGCGUGCAGGAGCGGGCAGCCAGCGGAAUGGAGAGCGGAGCAGGGGCUCUGGGGGACGCGGCAGCCCCUGCGGGGCCGGGCACGGUGGCUCUUGCCCUGCCGCAGAGCCCCGAGGAGGGGAAGGAUGGUGAGGUGCCCGGCGAGGUGCCCAGCGCGCCGGCGGGGACAGCCACAGGGACAGCAUCCCCUGCCGGCCAGCAGCAGAACGGGGCGCAAGGCCGGCAGUACUAUGAGGUCCAUCUCACCCUGGCCAAGCCCAAGCCGGUGAAGAACCGAACAGCCAGACCCUUCGGCACCCAGGCAUCCCCCACCAGCAGCCAGCCCGCGGAGGGACCCCCCGCCAUCGAGGUGCCCCCACCACCCACCUAUGCGGAGACCCUGAGCAGCCCCCCGCCACUCACCCGCGUCCGCUCACCCCCUGCCUAUUCAGCCCUGUAUCCCCCCCAGGAGCAGAAGAUGCUGCCAGGUCCGCCCAUGGGCUGCGGGGCGAGCGGGCAGAACCCCCUGCCCAAAACAGGGAUCCUGGAGCAGUCGGCUGCCCGGAGAACCGGCAAGAAGCCCAUGUUCACCUUUGUAGAGAAGCCGAAGCUGGGUCCCAACCCCUUUCUGCUGGACCUGGUUCAGAGCGCAGACAGCAGGAAGAAGCAGAAGGAGCAGGGGGAGCCUGGUGCUGAGGAUGAGCCCUUCGCCCUCGGGGCUGAAGCUGCCAACUUUGUCCCCAACAGCACGGCCAGGGGCGGGCAGCACCUCCCACCGGCUGAUGAUGCUCCAGCGUGGUCCUCCUGCCUCAAGUCUCCCACCAUCCAACCCAAGCCGAAGCCACAGCCCAGCCACAACCUCACUGAAGCGAGAGGGAAGGGGGCUGAGCUCUUUGCCCGCCGUCAGUCCAGGAUGGAGAAGUUCAUCGUCAAUGCUCCCUCCCAGCCCGAGCUGCUGCGGUCCCCAUCACCCACCAUGUCCCUGCCUCCCUCCUGGAAGUAUGAUGCCAGCGCUUGCCUGUCACCCAUGAUCUCCAGACACCCCCCCAAGAGUCCCUCCAGGUCCUCCAGACCCCCCUCAGCAUCUCUGUACAGCGGCAACCUGAUGGAGAAUGAGGUCUCCCAGAAGGAGCUGGAGAUCUCCAAACACCAGCCCUACCAGCUCCAGCCUUCACUCUUCAUCCUCUCCCCAUCCAAAUCACCGACAAGGUCCAGGCCCCAAGAGAUGCCUCCACCCAGACCCUCUCUUCCCGAUGCCUAUUCCUACACACAGCAAGCCUCCUGCCCGACCUCUCCAUUGCCUCCUUCCCCUGUUUGGCAUCCCUCUGCUGUGCCCAGCGCUGGCCAAACCACCUCCAGCCCCUUCCCUGGUCCUGGAGCCCCGGCCGAGGUGCUGCUGGCCUCCCCGUGCCGCCUGCUGCCACCCCGAGCAAAGGCAGGAUUCCAGGCACCACGGCCCUCCUACUCCACCAGGAAUGCCGGCAUCGAGCCGCAGGAAAGGCGAACAUCCCUCCCCGCAUCACCCACAUGGACGCCGCGGCUGGCGCGGCGCACGGGCAGCCUGGACGGCUGGGCCAGCCCCGCCUCGGUGCCCGAGCUGGACGAGGGACCCCCCAUGUCCCCUCCGUGGAGCGAGCGGUCGCUGUCCCCGCUGCGGCAGGACGCGGACCCGCGGGCCAGCCGGCAGAUGCAGGCGCGGCUCGCCAGGAACAUCAUCAACGCCGCCCGCAGGAAGAGCUCGUCUCCCAAAGCCGUGGGGCCGGAGGGCUCCCGGCCCUUCACCCCCAUCCCCGCCGGCCCCCCCAGUCUGCCCCAGUCCCCGCGGCCGGCACGGAUGGAGGGGUGCCGAGCCCCGGCACUGCAGGCUGCCGGCAGCGCGAUGGGGAGCAUGGGCAGCCCCUCAACCACCCGCAAAAGCCCCCUGCGGUCACCCCGGGCUGAGAGCCCCCAGUUCUGCGUGUCCCCCGGGAUGCCCCGAGCCGCAUGGGCAGAGGGUCGCCGGCUCCUGCUGCCACCCAGCGUGUCCCCGUGCCCCGUCCCUGGGCUGUCCCCCAGCCCCAGGAGCCCCCUGCCAUCCCCCGUGGUGGGCGCACGGGCCGUGGCCAAGCGCUGCACAUCCCGGUCCCCGACGGACUCGGAUGUCUCCCUUGACUCCGAAGACUCGGGGACCAAGAGCCCCGGCAUCCACAGCUUCAACCUCUGCCCGCGGGGCUGGACCGGCAGCCUAAGGAUGAAGGCGGGGGGGCUGCCCUCGGGGGCCCCCUGCACCUCCUAAACCAGCCAGCCCCGGCCAGGCCGCCCUCUCCCUAGCCCCACACCAGCACCGGGACUGACCCCAUCAGGAACACACCAACGCUCGGGGCUCAGGUCCCCAAAUCCCGGUGUCCCCCCUCCCUGUGGGGCUGCCGAGGCCCCUGGUCGUGCCAGCGGGGUCGGGUGUCUCCUGCCUACCCGUCAUCCCAUGGCCACGCUCUAUUUUUACACCCUAACCUUUCGGGGCAGGACUGCGUGGUCAGCAGCAGGGCAGGAGCAGGGGGAGCACAGCCCCUGCCCUCUGCAGCCCAUGCCCCAUAGCCAGGAUGGGGACGGGCUCGGUGGUCCCCUGUCCCCAUGCAAAGGUGUCACAACAGCUUUGCUUUCCUGGGGUAGCACAGCCAGUGCCACGCUCCUGGCAGCACCGAGGGGGUGCCGUGGCUGGGUAUCUUCUCCCAACUUCUCCCAGCCUCCAGAACUGGCUGGUUUCAACUGAAACCAGAUUUAAGGAAGGAAAAGUUGUUAGUUUUUUACUCCAGCCCCCCUCAGCCCCCCCAGUUCUUCACUGCUUUUGGUUUUACUUUUAACCCUUUCUCAAAGAAAUUCCCCCAAAUCCUUCCCUGGUGACCAAAAAGAGAGCCAAAGAUAUUUAUUGCCGCAUUGAGGUGCCCUGAAACCCUGCCCAGGCAGAGGAACAGCCUCACCCUGUACCCAGUCACUGUCCCCAUCCCCAGGCUCACCCCAUCCCUGUCCCCAUCCACAUGGGAUGGAGGGGCACACGGGGACCAGUGGGCCCUGUGGCAGCCAGGGUUGUGGGAGGGGAUGUGGGUCCAUGGGGGGCUGAAGGAAGCGGUACAGGUUGCAGAAGGUUCGGAGGAGGUGCGGGUGCAGGAGGCGAUGCUGAGAGUGUCCCUGGGACAUGGUGUCCCCAUGGGGAGCCCUGCAAGGGGCUGGGGGCGGGCAGAGGCCCCUGAGGGCAGCAGCACCAGAGGGAGGUUCGGGAUGGGCGAUGGGGAGAGGAGGGUGCCAGGGUGGACACAUGUGGCAGAGCCCGGGCAGGGCAGUUGCGCACGGGGGGGCAAUGGGUCCCCAAAGCACUUAUCCCCAGCCAUGGGUGAGCAGGAGCUGGUUGGGUGCUGGGAGAUGCUACAGCACUGAGCACCAGCACCCACCCAGAGGACACGGCCUCGGUGCUGGUAAGAGUGGCACCAGGAAAGGAGGAUGCGUUUGGGCUGCCGGGGCUCUGGCACGUUGCCUGUUCAGGGAGCCCUUGUCACCCCUUCCCUUUCCCGGGACACGCUGUCAGAGACAGCCCGUCCCUGUUCCCAUCCCUGCAGCUUGUCCUGCUCGGGACACAGCCCCCAUUGCUCCACCAGCCACAACCCGCCUUUGCCACACACGUGUAUAUCCAACCGGGAAAUAAACUGCCGUUAUCCCACC